UACCUUUCAAAAUGGCGGACAAAGACGGGCGAAAUUUUCGCACUCUUUACUAUGACACUUUGGGGCUUCGAAACGUAGAGCAGAGAAAAGCACUGGAAAUUUUACUGAAGGAUGAUCCCAUAGGUGAUUAAAUAUUCUCUAAGAUCAAUGAUGUCUUUAAGAAAUCAAGGCUAUGUACGUCCCUUAUUCAGCUUAAUUUUGUCUAGCUUGUUUCAGACUAGCCUGCUGAAACGCCUAGAAGAGGGUGCUUAUUGCCUUUUAAUUUUUGCAGACGUGAAGCGAAUUUCGACGUUUAGUACACGGUUUAGCUUGCCCGCUAUAUACAGAACUCACGUGUGGAAAGUAAUUUUAGGUAAGCAAGUUGCUUUACUCGAUUGGUUCACGAAGCUUUAUAAGUUACAGUCAAACCGGGAAAACGUGAGCACCAGAAAUAUUUCUGGGAUGUUAUUGUCUUGCAAGAGAAAAGCCAAUCAGGCAUGAGAAAACUAAACCGCAAGCAAGGCCGUGAAUUAGUCUGUGGUUUUGUGGCCAAUUCGCUUGUCCUGAUCUUUGCUCUGACUGGUCAUAACACAGUAAACAUUCCUGAGAUAUUUCCAGUGCUCACGGUUUUCCCAGUCACACUGUUCAUGGUCAUGCUGGACUCAAAUUCAGGCAUCAUUAAAAAAGGCGGCCCCAAUCUAAGCAAAUACUUACGUAAGAUUUAGCAGAAUAUAGCGGCUGAAUAUUCAAACUGGUGUGUUCUUAAUUUCAGUAUCAGGAUGUUAUGAGAUGCUUUUCUCCACAGCCAGUUGGUGGGGUUUAUGCCCGGGGGGGGGCACUGCCAUAUAUGGGCUAUAUAGGUAUGUGCUGCUGUGAAGGGUAUGGUUUUCAGGCAGUUUACUCUAGGAUAGGGUAUAUAAAUCAGAGCGUUUGGGUCGAGAAUAGGGUAUCAUUUUUCAGGAAAAUGAUCAGUUGGUUGAAGAUUUUAUCUAGACAAGGGAAUUAGCUACUCUAAGAUAGGGGGAUUUGCGGAGUUUACUCUAGUAUAGGGUAGCAAAAUUCAGCUGAACUAGCUCUGUUAUAGGUUAAGGGUUCCAGGGUCCCAGCGGCACCUCCCCACCCAGAAAUUCCUAAAGUACCACCCCCGGGGGUUUAUGGUCGUUUCACCUACGAGUCUUUUCGUCAGUGUCCUGUUUGCUAACAUUUUAAGUUAUUUUGAUUAAGUGUUAGGUCAGGUCCCUACCUGCUUUUGCCUGAUCACUGGCUAAAAUAAUGAGGUAUAUUAUACAACUAUCCCCAUAAGGGGAGGUGAAUAGUGCUGGAUAUAUACUGGGACGCGAAGCGUUGAGGUUUAUAUCUAGCACUAUGAACCGACCCUGAGGGGGAUAGUUGUUUUAGUAUUUACCAAAUCAAUUGGAUAAAAAUCAAAAAGGAACUUUUUGUAAAUAGAAGACGUCAUUUUGUUAGAGUUUGUUUGCGUACGUUUCGACUGACAGUGUUUCCGGGUCCUUUUUUCUCAUGAUUUUGUUGCAAAUUCAGUGAGAAACUUUUUUUUACCAAGCAGUAAACAGCGAACAAACAAACAAGCCAAAUUUUGUCUCUUUCUUGGAAUUUUUUGGUGCAGUUGCUUCAGUUAAACUGUCGUAAAAUGAGAAGCUAUUUUGAAUCCCGUUCCAAAACAGUGAAUAUCCAAGGAUAUUACGGGAGUCUGAGUUACGGGAGCCAAUCAGAACACGCAAAAAUUGCUAUCCACUGAUUUGGUGAAUACUAAACAUGCCUAUUGCACUUUUUCAUAUCAUUGCUGAGAAAACGAGGUAUAUACAUGCACAGUGCUCGUUAUAUUUCUUAAGCAGAACAACAUAAGACAUUAGCGAACACGAUGUUAGCUUAAUGACUCAUAGGCGAAAUGACAAGUCACCAAUGACGGAUAUUCUCACUCCAAGCUUAAGAACUUUCAUGUGAAUCAAUGAAGAGAGAACUCUGCUUUUCUCACACAAAUACUGAAUUAUCAUAUAUCAUUGGCAGAUCCAGGGGAGGGGCCUGCCCCCCCCCCCCCCCUUUGGGUCCCCCCCCCCUUUUGGUUUCAAAUUCCGGGGGGGCGGGAAAAAGGGUUUUUUUUUUUAAAAAAAGGGGUAUUUUCCCCCAUCUGGGUGGCCCCCCAUUUUUCUUUUCCAGCCGUCGGGGAAACGUUUAUUACCCCAACCACGCCUUUUUAUAGCUGGGGAAGAAAUUUGUGGGAAAUGAGCUUUUACCCCCCCCCCCCCCCCCCCCUGUCUGGAUCCACCACUGCUUAUGAUUCAAAGUUCAGUGGUGCAUGAUACAGUGUUAUUUUUGUGAAAAACAGGUGUCAUUCCUCCGUAUCGUGAUGCCCACCAGUUUGUCAUUCAGCAGCGUCGUGAACACGUUAAUGACCUCAAGCAUGCCUUGAUAGUCAUGAGGAAGAUAUCUGAUGAAGAUGAGCUUUCCUUCCAGUUAUCCAUGAUGUACCUGUUAGAGGAAGGAGCCUUGAGGUUCGUCAACCUACCCAAGGUAAUCAUGUUCAUUAAACCUAUGAAGCUACUAGUGAUGGAUUGGGAAGGUCUCUUGGGGUCAUUUUACGUUUCUGGGAAACUGCCCACCUACCCCACCUGUAAGCCAACAUUAACACUCACUUCUCACUUAGGGUAAAAUGUUGGCUUAGGGGAGGGGUAGGUGGGCAGUUUCCCAGAAACGUAUAAUUCCGUCACUUGAGAUGGAAUCCUUGGCUUAGUAUGAACAUUUUCUUUAAGAAUAACAGAGAAACUUCUGCUCAUCAGUCAUUAUUUUAUAAGGAAAAUGCAAAGACCCCUGCUCUCACCACUGUGCUAGUCAAAUGUAUUGAUGUUGGGUAGCAAUCUGGGGGUAAUGGGGUGAGAAAUUCUUCGGGAGUGUCAUAUGGUGCAAGAUGCGUUUCUGUGAAAUUAGUACCAUCAAAAUGUCACUGAAAGAUCUACACAAGAGAGCAUUCAAUCCAGUCCUGCUGGUUUAAUUACCAAAAAGUCUAAAUUACAAUAAUUAGUAGAAAGAUGAAACUCAUCAUUACACAAACUUUGGACAGAGAAAAAGCUCUUGAGUCCUAAAUAGGAACUUGAAGUUAUGAACUGCUAAAAACUGGGUGGGACCCUAUCCACUCUUUGGGAUGUCAUGUUGGUUUGAAUCCUAUUAGGUAUUUUUUAUUUAUUUUAUUUUUUAUUUAUUUAUUCCUCCAAUUCCUAGCUGAUACAUAGUUAUGUAAAUAUAACUGAAAAAAAAUAAUAUAGUAACAGAUAAAGAUUUACAAAGGAAAUAAACGCGUAAAAUAGAAAUUACAACACUGAAAAUGAAUUACAUUGUAUAUUGGAAGGAGAGGAGAGGGGCACAUCUAGAUAAACUAAUAUUGUGCCCCUUAAAGUUAUGUAUAACAAAGGACUUAAGAUUAUUAAUAAAAAAGUAAAGGAAAAAUGACAAAAUAGCUCAGAAAGUUGUAAAAGGGAUAUUGAUUCAUUAGUAUUGAGCCAGGUACCAGUGUAAAAGUGCUUUUUUAAACAUUUUUUUAGAUGGUUUGUCUCUAAUGGAUUGCGGAAUAUCGUUCCAAAAGAAACUUCCAAUAAUGCUGGGGCAAAAUCUCCUAAGAUUAGUUCGAAAUAUAGGUAUUGCAACUUGAUUGGAUGAUGCACUGCGGGUACUGUAAUUAUGUAGUUCAGAUACCGAUGAAACAGGUAUAUUAGGAAACUUUUCAUGGUGGAAAUAAUCAUAAAAAAGCAUACAUGUGUUCAGUUUAACAAUAUCAGGAAAUUUCAGAAGGCCUAAGGAUGUGUAGUGUGGAGUUAUUGAUUCCUGUUAAUACCUCCAGCUUUGUAUCCAAAGAUUCCUUCAGUUUUGAAAUCCAGCUUUCAUUUUUCUUGAUUUGACCCUGAAGAGAUUCAAUGUCUCUCUGAAUCUUGACUUGAGUUCCUUUCAUUUCUUUUAGGUCGUCACUUAUUGAACUCAACCGGUGGCGUACAAACGCCUCAAAAUCCUCUUCCACAACUUCUUUUUGCUUUCCUCUUUUUGAAGACAUUGUUUGUUACUUGUUUGAUUAGUUUGUAAAAGUAAAAGUAAGAUUUACGUGAGAAAUUAUGUCAAGUUGGCAGAGCCAACAAAAACGCGGCCAUCAUGCUCGCUGACCGCUGACCAGGUUCUUUUCAUUGUUACACACUUGUGCCAAGACAAUGUUGAUAGCUUAUUUUUCUCAUACUGCUACUGUUUUGUACGGAUUUGCGGGCAAAGACUGCACUAUGUUGGAGAGCAAGAAACCCAUUGUAAAAAGACAAAAAAAAAAAAUACCAUUUUAAUUAAUAUUGUAAACUCUUUGUUUGUCUUGCUUCAGUGCAUUUCUUGCACUCCAGCAUGCAUUCUUUGUACCUAUGACUGAAUGGCUGCAAUGACCUCGAUCUCUAUUUUUUUUGUGUAUACUUGUAACAGUACUAACUCUUUUUACUAUAGAAACUUGAAAGGAAAGCAGAGGCCAUGAGAGCUGUUGUGCAGGUCUUCAUGGAUAUGUUUGAUGAUGAGGUUGAUCUUUACUGGUUGUCUGUCAAAUUUAUGAAAUGUCUGGACCAAUCAGCUGCCCAAUUAGAUAAACUGGUAAUAUUUUAAGUACUGAGUAAUGAUCAUCACUAUUCCACUUUCAUUACGCUUUUAGGGCAGUGUUCGUCAGUGAGUGGGCUCUUAACUGGGGCCUAGGGGUAUGAGGAAAGUGAGAAAGCUCUGAGGUGAAAAUUUUUGUGCAAAGGAAGGUGGGAAGGAGAAAAUGUGCAAGACGUCGCCUCCCUUGUUUACCCUUCCCAUGGUCCCUUGCACUUCUUCACCAGUCACUGGUGUUUUGUGCUUGCCACUUUGCAAAACCAUGUCAAAAACAAAGCACCUGAGCAGGAGGCAGCCCCUUUUUACCCUCAUGCAUUGAGAGCUUGCUUGCAUGUUAGCCACUAACAUGGAAAGGACAAAGGUAGAGACAAGUUAUUAGACAGCACAAAAUGGCAAACAUUUUGGUGGAGACCAGAGUUUGUGUCUGUUGUAUUGAGUUAGGUCAAAAAAUAUUGUGUAUUAUAAAACAAGGAAAGUUUGGAAAAUUUUUGAAAGUCGCAGCAUGAAAAUUGAUAAGCUCAAAAGAGUAUUAACCCUGGUUAUCAUAAAGAGGUCUUAAAAAGGAGAAAAAAAUCUUAAAUAAUUUAUUAUUCGAACUACAGUACACAACUGCAAAGGUUUUUUAUUUUGACAGGACUAAAGAUACCUGUUGUCUUUGGUAAUAAAAUGAUUUUAUCUAGGUGUGCAGAAAGCUAGUGUGGCUUGACUUUUAUUGUAGCUGCACAUGUAUGUCAACUUGAAACAUCUACCUAACACAGCUAUUUGAAAUUUUGCAGGCAAAGUUGAUUCAGUAUUAUCUUCAAACUGAGGAUUUACAACUUUACAAGCAUCUCUUUAAUAUUGGAGUGUUUGAGAUCAUACCUCUUAAAAGGUUACAAUGAAUAGGCCACUUGCACUAAGAGGCCAUUGCUUCCUUUAAACAAUGAGUUGGAAUCUUGUUGAUACUAAAAAUUGACAGAGCUCAUCAAAAUAAUUAUUAUCUUACACCCAAAAUUCAAAAUGAAACACAUUUAAGGGAGAUAUUUUAUGGCACUUUGAUUUUUCAACAAAGUAGUAUCAUUUGCAUUGGCCACCAUGUUGGAGGGCAUACUCUUACCCUCCAACAUGGCGGCCAAAACUAUGUUUUGCCUAUAUUUUAUUAAACGUUUGAUAGUUACUCUCAGAUGUGCUGUAACAAUACCACAUCAUCUUUUAAACAUUUUCCUUGAAGUUUAAGUGCAAAAUUUGUGUUCAGAAAGAGGUAAUUCAUAAUUUUAAAAAUCACAGUUUGGUCAUGUGACCAGCUUUGAACUUGCUCAUUUUAAGAAAAUGGUGCGGGUUUGAAAAACCAAAUCACUAUUAUUUGGUUAAGACAUGACCUGCUAAUUAUUUUUCGAAGGCAAAAUCAUAUUGCUUUGAUUUUCAUAAAAACAAUGUCACAUGACCUUUUAGUGCAAAUGGCGUAUUGAUUUUGUGUUACAUGCAUAAGCAGUAUUCUGUAUGUCCAGAGGAAAAAAACUGAUUGCACAUGAUUGAACAUAAUUUGAUUAUCAACUGUCAGAAGAAAAACAAGCUAUACUUAACCCCAACUAUCCUAUAAUUUUAAAGAAUAAAGCUUAUUUUAAGACUACCUCUACAAUGGGCAUGCCUAUGCACUAUAAUCAUGUUUCAGAUCUUAGCCAUCAUCUUACCUUCGUUGUGCUAUGACAAUGUUAAACAUAUUUUGUGUGUUAGACAUAUUAUUCGUAGGGUAGGGAUACUCCCUUAUAUGUAUUUGGGGCACUAAAGUGUGUGUUAUUUUGCCUGCUUUGGUCCGAGAUGGUGUAAAGUUUUUAGCCAUUUAAGUUUGAAUGAAAUAGGAUAAGGUUUUUUUCUGCUUUUUGGAACCAGGGUCUGGAAUUAGGUAUUCCUCUUAUUUUGCAUCAUUACAACAGCAGUCCAGUCCGGAAAUAGGGAGGGAAAAUCACAUCUUAAUUUAGUCUGAAAUUGGUUAAUAAUCGUCUGCGAAAACAGCCCUUUCUACUUGCUCCUCGUUGCUUGGGACGUUUUGCUGUUGAAUAUCCCAUGCGGCAAGGAGCAAGGAGAAACGGCUGUUUUCAGUGGUUAGAAAGAAGGGUGCCCCUUAAUUAGUUCAGUUGCCGAAUGUAAAAUGGAAUAAUUAAGAGACCCAUAACAAAAUAUACUAAGGACGUUUGCUCAUCCUUGAUGGACUGUCUUGUCCAUUUUAAAUUGAAAUAGUUGCUACUGGAUCCGAGUGGACUGUCCAGUUUUAAAGAAAUUUUGUCUCCACAUUAUUGUGUUCUAGAUAAGACUUGUCCAUUAUUGCACAUACCGGUAAUGGUGUUGAUAAAUGUAUCUGGUUCUAAUGGUCAAUUUUAGGCUAGUUUAAUUUUUAAUAGUAAAAUAAGCCUGUUGUACUACAGCGUCUUUCAUUGUACCCUAUAUUCUGUCUAACUUAUUUCAAGGUGGUUUGAAAGUGGUUUUGCUGAAGAUAUUCCUGAUUCAUGCAUGGAAAGGUCAGUCAGAAUAUGUGAAAAAAAAUGUUAACUCUUUCCAGGACUACCUUAAUUAUAUAGUCUACAAAGUAUACUUUAUGUUCAGUUAGUGUAGAUUUUUCAAGUAGCGCCCCCAUGAGGCUAAAAUAUCAAACAAGGUUAGUGCCCCCCCCCCCCCAACUCUCCCCCAAGGAAAAAAUAUACUGAAUAUAUGAAAGAAAAGUAGAAUAGACGGAUUCCAAAACCAGAACUUAAAGGACCUUUGGGGAAUCAGGACUGUUGGGGCAAUCACAUACAGAUUUUUGUUUCUUUUUUACAGGAACGUUUCAGUUAUCAAGUAAACUAACAACUUUGCCUGUGAUCACCCUUUUUGGUACAUUUCUUUUCUGUCACUGCACUACUUCGACUUGAAAUUUUCUAAUUUCACGUUUUAUGGAGGACUUCAACACAAGACAGCGAUUUUAUUUUUGCGCUGGGAGUUGGAUACGGUCCGACAGAAUUCAGCUCCUAAACAUGGGCUCCGGUUCACAACAGUAGAGAGGAGAAGUCGUUACGUCACGUUGCAGUGGUAGCAAUUUUUUUUGAUGACAACAAAUUUAAAGCAUCACUUAAAAAGUGAAUACGCACUGUUUCAAACUUCAUCGAUCUUAUUCAAUUUCAUUUAAUUUGUCAAAUGUUGGCGAAAUUUUCAGGUGGUGAAUCCGAAAGGACCUUAUCUAAGUUUAGAAAAAGAAAAAGAACCUUUUUGUGUUUUUUUCACCUACUCCAUGAAGCGGGCGCAGGAAAUUAGGAAGUUUCAUGUCGCAGUCGUGCAACCACGACUAAGAAAUGUACAAAAAAGCGUGAUGCACGUGCAAAGUUGUUGUUUUGCUAAUAUAACUCUGUUCCUUUUUAUGCCGUUCUCGUUGCCGUCGCCGUCGUCGUUGCUCAAUCUCCCUAUUGUUGUGAUCCAGAAAUUUUGCUACCAUGGUAAUGUGACGUCACACUUCUCUCUAUAGCAAUGAAGUUUAAAAGAUACCGCCAAAUUCACAUUUUUGGUGACGUUUUCGCUGCUGUCGCCGUCUAUGGGGUUGGUCGCUCCCUCUUAACAGGGAGCUUACAACACGAUCUGGAUAAAGGUGACGCCAAUGGCGCAAUGACGCAAUCGCUGAAAAUUGACUUCGCGUACUUUCAAAGUUUUUCCAGAUUAUCUUAACUCGUUUCAUUUAUUUUAAGUCGGGAAAAUAAGCAAAAGAAAUGUACAAAAAAGCGCGAUUCACGUGCAAACGUUGUUGUGUGAAAGGUUUGAACCCAGUAGCCAUUUCAUAAAUAGGUUCGGAAUGAUCGUCCUGGUGAGUGUAGUGCUGAAUAGGGUCAAAGGUCCUAACAACUCUAAAGAUAACUACCGCACAGGUUGUCGAAACGUUAGUGACAGUCAACAACAGUCCUAUUUGGGACGACUUUCACUGAGACGAUCAUGCUCAACCUAAUUAUCAAAAGUUGUUGUGUUGCUAAUUUAAUUAAACUGGUCCCGGGCAGAAAGGUCACUCACCUAACCAUGUUUCCCAGGGCGAGCCAACUUUUUCUGCGGUACAUUUCCUUACAAAACUUGGCGAACCGUUUACAUGAGAAACAACAAGUUGGCUCUGCUGGAAGGCUGACCACCUACACGGGUCACCCUUUUUCGAUGGCAGGGUCACCCUCCUAGCCGGGCCAACUUUUCUCCACAUCUGACACUUCGGUUCGCUUAGCCAGCUCCAUUGGGUCGAGGCGAGAUAUUCAGAACAUACACGAGCGCUCUUGACUUGGAAAAAGGGGUAACCUUUUUUCUUAUCGGCUGGGAGGGUGACCCUUGUUUUAACCUUCCUACUGCUAAUUUGACAGAGGAUGGCAAAGUAAUUUACACUGUACAGAAAUGUGUUAUGUCUGUGCUACCCUUCGAGUAGAGGUUUCUCUCUCUUGCAUGGAAGUCGUUCGCGUCCCUUGUCAUUUUCGUAGUUGGUUUGUUUUUUCGCCCCGGGGCGAGAAGACCACUGCUCGUAGAUGCAGGGUGUGUCUGUGCAGAGUUGUUGUGUGUUUUUUUACUCACUAAACCUAUUGUUUUCCUGACGUUUUCGUUAACGUUGCCGUCUUAUUUCAUGUUAGUUUUUUAAGGCCCCUAACUUUUUUCCUCCCCUCGCCCGCAGGAUCUGGGACAAAGUAGUUUGUGGCUCUAGUAAGAUACUUGUUUUUGUCGCUGUUAGUCUGCUGCUGGUCUUCAGGCAUCCCCUGCUUAUGGAAAAGUCAGCCCAGGGAGUGAACACGUUUCUCAGUAAGGUACAGAACGAUUCACCAGAAAGACUUAAGGUGUUUUGAUACAGUUUUUCAGAGGCCAUACCGAUAUUUUUCAGUCGCCUUAAAUGUGGUUUUUUCCUAGUCCGAUCGCUAUAAAAUUUUCACCAGUAAAUGGCUAUAGAUUGAAAUUUGUGAAAAUGUAGUUUUACGUAAAAUCGAUAUUACUAUGACAGCAGUAAACAAAAAACUUUUAAACUGAUAAAAGCCGAAUUUUGUGUGAUCUAGACCAGCUACUGAAAAUCCAACACUAGGAACUUAAAGUUUGGUGUUUAGCAAAUAACCUCCGUAAGAAGUAAAAACUUCUGUAUGUUUGAAUUCGACUAAAACGAAAAUAUAUUUCAAACCUUAAAUUUUCAAUAGCCGUGAUAAAUUAUUCAAAGAAAACGUUAUAAAUGACUCUAAUUAUUCUUAAGUAGCGUCAGAAUGCUGCUUAAUAUCAUAUUUCAAUGCUAGGAAAUUUUGGUGUGUUUUCUUUCUUGCGAUCUUAAAAACUAAACCGUUUUCCCACCACCUGUCUAAGUGCAACUUCAUUCAAAAUUUGGACUUUUAGCGCUUUUUUGUAGAUCUCUGAAACGACUCCAACGGAUUUUUUUAAAAUCUCUUCAGAUAAUCUUCAUACUGUAUACAAUAAUGUCUGAAACUUUUAUUGAGAUUGAUUCCCUGCAACCACAGGUAGCCCAAGCUCGAAAUAUGAGCAUCAGUUUUCUCUCUAUGUAAAGUUUUACCUUUAUAUAGAGAGAAAACAGCUUACAUAAAAACCCAUAAAACGGCCAUAAAUCGGCCCGUGGACCACACAGGAGAGACGUAACACACAUUUUAAGUAAGGUAAGCUGUUUUUUAUUGAAAUCCAUUCACUUUCGUAGGUUACAGAAACAAUAGGUUUUUUUCCCAUACAAAUCCUUAUAUUUUGAAUGUUACGCAACAAUGGCGAUGCUCGCUGAUGCUCAUAUUUCGAGCCUGGGCUACCUGUGCUGCAACACCUUGAAAUUUCAAGACAAACCUAUCCUACGAACCUGUCAAAAAUCUGCGUUACAAUAUUCACUGUUCUGACGUUAUGCUAAUUUUUCGAAAAUAAUGCGCACUAUACAUACCUCCAUGACUAGUACAUUUUAGUUUGAAUUUAUCGCAUCUUUUGAAUGUGAAACAUUGACAAUACUCACACUGUAAUGUACUAGUAAUGUCCUCGUGGCAAAAACGAUAUUUUACUCACUCGCUGCGCUCGUUCGUAAAAUAUUGUUUUGCCACUCGAAAAUAAAAUUCAUAUCUUCGCGCCACUGUGUAAUAUCCUCUUUAUUUCACAAAUUUCAAUCUAUAGCCAAUUACUGGUGAAAAUUUUAUAGCGAUCGGACUAGGAAAAAAACACUUUUAAGGCGACUGAAAAAUAUCGGUAGGGCCUCUGAAAAACUGUAUCGAAACACCUUAGGCCCGUUUCAAAGGUCGUGCUUCUGCCGUGCCGAACUCUAUUGAUCGAAUUAAAUUCGACUUUAGCACGGCAGUGGCGCGACGUUUGAAACCAAGUCGUGCUACUGCCGUGUAGCACGGCAAUCCUUGCCGUGAUACACGGCAGUAGCUCGACUUGGUUUCAAACGUCGUGCUACCGCCGUGCCGAACUCAAUUCAUGAAUAAUAUUAUAAAUACUUUAGAAUAUAUUUAAAAGUUUGCUAAACAGUUUCUUUAUUUUUGUGUUUUGUUUUUGGCAACAGCCGUUCCAUUCGACUGUUAUUGUGUGAAUUAAAUUCGACGUCUGAAACCAAGUCCUGCUAAUAUCGUGCUGCAGUCGAGCUACAGUCGAGCCAGCUUAGCUCGGCAGUAGCACGACGUUUGAAACAGGCCUUAAUUACUGAAUAGAGCGCGACAUUUGACAGUUAUGAAACCGAUAAUCUAAUGGUCAGGCGCGGUCGUUAUUAUAAAAGGCAUUCCUUGUUCGCUAUGUUUGAAAUCCAUGUCCUGAAAGCUAUAGCUAGCUAUUUUUCAGCUUAGCAUGACGUGUUUCUAAGCUGUCUUCGUGGCUACCGAUCCCAGAAACCAAUAGCCUGCGAAACGUCCCUCAGCGGCGAUGGGCGAGGUGAAACGUCUGCCAUUCGCAGGCUAAGAAACCAAUGAAUUUUUGAAUUUUUAUCCCCAGCCCGUACCUGAAGACAGUUUUGUCAGAAUUGUCAGUAAAGCUAUGGAGCUGUGGGAUAAACAUGGAGCUACCGUGAUCUCUGAUGCACCUACAGUACACUGAAUGGUUCAACUACAUCAUCAGUGCUUCUCUUAAUAAUGAUGACACCGUCAAACAUGUGCCAGUGGGACUAUUGGAAUCAGAGCUCAUUUGGCGGUGUUAGAUCAGAGAAGCAAUAAGCGUUCGGUGUUUUCAUCCUCGACAUUACAUGAAUUACAUCGGGCGCUCAAAAAUCUGGCAUCGCAGAUGAGAAAUUCGCAAGCUCUCUGAAAUGCCUGAUAGUGGUAUGAUUAUGUUAUCCAUGAACACAACCUUUACAAAUGGCUGCAGAUCUCCGCAAAUCUAGCCUAUGAUAGAUUCGCCGGCUACUGCAAAUCAAAUUUGUGCUCAGCAGUGAAGUAAUGACCGCCUUCAAAGAUAAGGCUGCAAAUUGGAGCAUCUAGGGUGCAAGAAUAGUUUUCACGUGACAAAAGAGAACAAGUUUUGUAAUACAUGUACAUAGGUCAUUUAUUACUAGGCGUAGUGAACGAACAAUAUAAACGAGAAUUGAUGUUUAAAUAUAUAAAGCAAUUUAUUUUUUAGCCUACGGGUAUGUCAGUUAUAUUCCUUGUGGUGUGAACUAACAGGAACGUUUUGAUAGAAAGCAAUUCUUGUCACUUAAAGUUUCUUAAAGUGAUGAAAAAUUGUCACUUGACCAAAAAAAUUGCCGCAACUUUUUGGCAACGGAAAUUCACUACUUGUCAACCGGAAGUCGAGUGGGAUUUUCGUGACAAAUUGGAAGACCAAACAAAAUUUUCGUGACAAAAGCGGAAGAGGACAGUACGGAAAUAAACACGAAAAAGAGGAAACAAGAAACUGAAAUUUUGUGGAAAACAUAACAAAACAGGGGGUCUUUAGCAUACUUUUACCGGUAAAAGACAAAGUUAUAAUAUGACCAAACAGGAUAAAAAAGUAAACAACUGAACACAAAUUCGUGACCAGACCGGAAGAAAUCAAUCUUUAAACCGUGAACUAACCGGAACACAAACAAUCCGCUUUUUCCAAGAGGUUGUCUCUUUAAUUGCAAUCAUAAUUGAGUACCUUCCGUUUUCUCUUGUAAUACAUGCGGUCUUGGAACUAAGGAAUACGUCUUUGUUGUACUGGAGCAUGUGUUAUGUGCAA